CCGCUGCCGUGCGGGUACAAAGUCCCGGGGGGGGCGGUGCCGCCGGGAGCUCCGUGGGGAGAGGUGCCGGAUGCCGGGGCUGUGCCGGUGCCCGCCAGGGCGGUGACUCCCCCGGACAGCCGAGGCGUCACCGCAGCGGGGAGCACCAUGGCCAAGCGGCUGCUGGUGGCGUAUGCGCUGUGGGCGCUGGGGGGGCCGCUGGGGCUGCACCACCUGUACCUGGGCCGGGACAGCCACGCGCUGCUCUGGAUGGUGACGCUGGGUGGCUUCGGGGGGGGCUGGCUCUGGGACUUCUGGCAUCUCCCCGCCUGGGUGGCCGCUGCCAAUGGGGCGCCUGGGGGGCGCGUGGGGGCCGUGCCGGCACUCAGCCCGCUGCGCCUGGCGGGGCAGGUGGCCGUGGGGAUGUAUUUCGGGCUGGUGGCGGCGGUGGCGAUGCCGUGGGUGCCGGCGCUGGUGGCGCAACCGCUGGCCGUGGGGCUGGGGGUGCAGCUGGUGGCCUCGGUGGGGGACCAGACGGCGCGGGCGCCCAGCACCCUGGCCGCAGCCUUCGUUGUCUCCCUCCUCUUCCAGGGCCGGGUCCUGGCGGUGCUGCCCGCCAGCCUGGCCGCCAGUGUCACCGCUCAGCGUCACCGGUGCUACAAACCCCUCGGGGCAGCGCGGCCCCGGCUGGCCGCCCGGCUCUACCGCCUGGGGCUGGCGUGCCUGGCGUUUGCCGCCCCGCUCGCCUGCCGCGGGCUCUGCGGGGCCGCCGGGGUGCUGGGCGCCGUGCUGGCGCUGCCGCGGGCGGUCACUGAGCUCCUGCUCCUGCCCCUCCGCGCCACCGGGCUCCUGGCGGAGGUUCUGGGCUUCGCCGGUGGUUUCCUGGCGCGGGAACGGAGUGGCCAGGGCGAGCGGCAGCAGCGGGCGUACGAGGUCCUGGGGCUCCUGCCCGGCUCCUCCGCCGAGGACGUGCACCGGAGCUACCGGGAGCUGGUGAAGCUUUGGCACCCGGACCACAACCGGCAGCGGGCUGAGGAGGCCGAGCGCCGUUUCAUUGAGCUGCAGGAGGCCUACGAGGAGCUGCUGGGGCACAGGAGGGCGGCGGCAGGGUGACAGUGACAGUGGCAGCGGGGUGACGCGGGGACCAAGGGCCGGGGGGAUUUGUAAACACGAGGUUUCCCUCUC